CCAAAGAUUUUCAAAUUUGGAAACUUAUGAACUCCGCCAUGUACGGAUACAACGAAUUAUAUGAUACUAGCUGCACUAACAAUGGCGCCAACUUCUUUGGAAAUGCACCGGGAAUAAUAUCUCCAUCAGCAGCACCUUAUGAGUCUUUAUCAGUUUUUCCGUCAACACUUCUACAUCCGGAAGGUAACUAUCCGGGGAUUAAUAAUAACGAGUUGGAAUCAGUUAGCAGUGGAGCUCUAAUAUCUCCAACAAUAAUGAAGUCAGAGGAUGUGGUUGAUGAACAUGACAGCUUUAAUUACUACAACAACAAUGGUGUUUAUGAUGAACUAAUAUCUCCCAACAAUUCGUACAAUCAACGCUCGAGUUUAAGUAAUUUGUUGCAGAGAAGCAUGAGCAUGAAUUGUAGUAGUAGUACUAGUGGUUACUCAUCAUCACUUAAUUAUCAAGAAAAUGGAUUUCUUCAACACUACCCAAACUAUUCUUCGACGAGGACGACAUAUAUUCAAGAAUGUAAUAAUAAUCGCAGCAUUAUGAACUUACUUGAGACAGGUCCAAUGAGAAAGGUGUUUAGCACUGGCGAUUUACAGCAAAUAAGCAUAACGACCCCACGAAGUCGUAGAUCAGACAGCAGCUCCUCAUUGCAUGAAAAUAUUAAUCAAAUCAGUGAAGGGAUGAAAAAAGUUGGUCGUUACAGCGCCGAAGAACGAAAAGAAAGAAUAGAAAGAUACAGAAGCAAGAGAAACCAAAGAAACUUUACUAAGAAAAUAAAGUACGCUUGCAGGAAGACAUUAGCGGAUAGUAGGCCUCGUGUUAGAGGUCGUUUCAUGAGGAACGAAGAGCCAGAAGAACCAAAUGAGAUUUGUUUCGGUUCACAAACUGAUCACGUCCAUACUGAGUACUGGAAUAAUAACUACCAGCAGAUUCACGGUGGUGAUAUGGAGCACGGGGAAGAAGAUGAUGAAGUUUGGACAAAUCUCUUGGAAUCAUUGUCAGUUAAUAACAAUCCGUAUUUUCCUUGUUAAGUUAGUAGCUCGACCGUAAUAACGUUUUUUCUUCUGUUGCUGGUCAGAGCUAGCUAGGCUAGGCGAGGCGAGUUUUUCUUCGUUAUGCCAACUGGUCUGGACAUAAGCAUAAACUGUCAACAACAGUAUAGACAAUAAGUCUCGACCAUAGUACCAUCUAGGCAAUGUGUGAUAGUGGCUCUGUACCUGUGGAGUCCUCCAAUGCAUUCAUAUUUCUCCCUUUAUUCCUUCUUCUCUUCAAAUUUCAGGAUCAUACCUAUCUAUAUAUCCAUUGUAUGUACUGUACAUAGCUCUGAUUUUCUUUU